CUAACCGCGAUCAGUUCUUCGCUCUAUUCACGGAUAGACGGACGCUUCGCACGCGCGGUCACAGUUGCGCGACUUUAACUACGACGGCCGACCGAUCGUUGGGGUUGUUGAGGGUUGACGUUCCACCGGCCCCAGUUCUGGGACAGUUUUGUGUUCUGGACGUACCGACAGAGUUGCGUUGGGCUGUUUCAGGCCUGACAUUUCCUCGAGAAUUCUAUACAAGAUUGCCGAGGCUUCGUGGUUGAUGAAAUUGAUUUUCCAGAUAUAGAUUGAAAACCUCCCGCUCGAUUGUCAUCCUGGAUCUCGUGCUGGAAGACGGGAAACAAUGUGGAUCCUUCUUUUCCUGGGCUUAACGGGCGCACUAACCUCUGGAUUACCAUCAAUGCGAGACAGCCUCACAAAUCCCGUCCAUGUUUACGAGGGGGACGAUGCACUUAUCACGUGUGUGGUGAAGGAUGUCGGGGAGAACGCCGUGAUGUGGAAAAAGGAGGACCGUGAAAGACACAGCGCCAGAGUCCUGACAGCUGGAAUAGUCAGGGUGACAGCCGAUAAGAGAUUCGUUAUUUUGCAUGAUGCUGAGUCCAUGGAAGAAACCUCUGUACCAUCAGGAGGAGACGUAUGGGUGUUGUUGAUAAAACAAGCAAAACCGACUGAUUCUGGAAUAUACGUUUGUGAAGUGAACAGCAAUCCCAUUGUCCGAAGUUUCCAUAAAUUAAGUGUUCUGUCCAAAGCACUUCUUCCCCCAGCCAAUAUGACUGAUUCAUCCUUGGAACCGAAGACUCCAUUCAGUAGCAGAAAUCACAACUACACAGACUGCUGUCAAAUGAGGAAUGUGUCCUCCAAUUGUCUUGGAUUUUGUAACAUCCAGAGCAUAUUAGAAGGUAGCACUGGUCAGGAUCCUGAAAACUGCGAGACGGAUUUUCCAUCCAUAGUCAAAUGUAUGGCUGAUGGAAGGAAUCACGUGCCCUGCUGUAUACAGGAGAGGGUUCCAGACAUCUGCCAGGACGUUUGUAGAGGAUCUUACACGGAAAUCACAGAUAACAUAAAAACGCACUUUUCCUGUUCAGCUUACACGGAACAAACAUUGGCAUGCAUAGUGGAGGGUAUAGAGUUACUACCGAGUCAACCUGAGGAAUUGGAAGUGGAAGCCCUGAACGAGAAAUCAAUCAAAGUGAUGUGGGAGUUUCCAUACAUGAACGCUGAAACCGUCACUCACUUCUCAGUCAACGUCACAUCCCUUCAUACGUUCGAUGAAGAAAUAGCACCUACUUCUGAUCAGUCCUCAGCAAACCCUACAGCCAUAUCGACCACAACCUCCCACGCCAUCCAUCUAAACGUCAAAUUCCCCCUAAAAUCCGUCGUCAUCAACGACCUGGUUCCCUUCACCAUGUACGAAGUGACAGUGACAGCUGUCAACCAGCACGGAACAAGUUUGCCAAGUUACGCCGUCAGGACGUUGACUUUGACUCCGACAAAGGUUCAACAGAAGGAAGUGGGUGAUGCACCUAACCUCCCAGAUAUCAGGACUUGCUGUCGCGACAAGGGUGUCAGUCACCCGCCUUGCAUCAACAAACUGUGCGAUCCUACUGAGACUGCAUCGGCUGAAAUUACCGAUUUGAUGAUUUGUGCACCUUGGGCGCCAGCCACUUUCAGCUGUCUGACGCAGGGCUUGGAUCAUACUCCGUGCUGUAAGGAGAGGGGUUUGCCAGAUUUAUGCCAACAACUAUGCAUGGGCAAUGUUUCAAGCAUCGACUUCAACUACCUCAAAUGCAUGCGAUACAUGAGCGAAUACACCAACUGCCUCCUCCAGGGGUAUGGCGUCCUACCUAGUGCACCGGUAGGUGUACACUUAACCAACGUCGAAACGGAAUUCGCCAUCAUCCACUGGGACCAGCCGAAGACCCUGGGGGAUACCGUGACUGGAUACAGGAUACAUUUACGUAAAUUCGACGGAGAGGAUGCCGACUACACCACCCACCUCGUGAACCACGGCCCCUUCGUUCUGGAGGGACUGGAGAGCAACUCAGACUAUGAGGUUUAUGUCGAAGCCACGAACAGUCACGGAGUGGGAACACCGAGCACUAGGAUUACCUUCAGGACCGAGAGCAAGAUCGUGGAGGAGGAACUGGAAGAAGCAUCAACGUACAACGUAACAGCUUGCUGCGUUGAAGCGGACCUCAGUAACGUUUGCCUUCCUCUGUGCUCCUACGACGCAAACAUGAGCGAUAUCAAACAGUUGGCCGUGGUUUGCGCUUCCGAAUUCCACAAACUACUGAGAUGCGGUGCUGGUGGUAGAAAUCAUGGCGCAUGUUGUGAAAGGAGAGGAGUUCCAUCUAACUGCCUGUCCCUUUGCGCCGGUGUUAUCGUCAGUUCUUUGGCAGAAACGGCCACGCAGUGCAUACCUUAUAUUGGCAACAUUGUUCAGUGCUUCGAGGAGGGGACUGGGUUACUGCCAGGUCCCAUUGCAGAGCUACAUGCUACUGUCGUUGAUAAUCAUUCAGUACUUUUGGAAUGGGAACCUCCAAUAGAUGGCAGCAAUGUGACUUCAUACAUCGUGUAUUACCAGAAAGUAGACAACACUACAAUGCAUGAAACACCCCUCAAAUUGGACAAGCAAAUUGAAGUUCAUUCCACGACCACAACCCUUACCGGCUUGGAAAAAGACGCUACUUAUCAUAUGUUCGUGGUCUCGAAGAAUAGACAUGGGACAUCUCUUCCAUCCUCAAUCAUCGUCAUAACCCUCAUCAAAGCAGAUUCUCAGUGGGUAAAGGGCGUCAUUUUCCAUCCACACUCUUUGGCUGUUGCCACUCACAGUGCAACGUGGGUGACCAUUAGCUGGCAGCCUCCUGAGUUUAGUCAUCCAUCAGAUCAAAUCACAUACAGUCUGUACUAUAAAAAGACAUCAGAUGACGAUUUCCACGUGGUCAAUACAACCCUAACGACCCAUAUGAUCUCGUCCUUGGAGCCAAAUACCCAAUAUAUCGUUUACGUGAAAGCUAUGACUGACAAAGGAGCCAGUAUACCAUCAGAGACCCUCAUUGCUUGGACAGAUCCAGCUUAUCCUGCUGUUGUAGAGGCUCCAACCGUGCAUCCCAUAAAUCUAGUUAUUGAAGGGAGCAGCAUGACCAUUCUGUGUAUAGCCAUGGGAACACCUAUGCCCACUAUUUCCCUCUACAUUUCUGGAAGACUUGUCAGACAAGAAACUACCAGGCAUAUGGUCACUGUCAUUCAUAAUGUCACCAAAGAUAUGAACCAAAUAUCCUGUUACGCCGACAAUGGAUACGGGACGCCUAUGCAAGCAUCCAGGAAGAUCACCAUAAGUCAUGGACCCCACAUUCAAGCCAGUGGAAUAACAAUGGCGAUACUCGGAGAUUCGGUAACGCUGGAAUGUAAGGUCGAUGCCCAGCCAGAACCCAAGAUGAUAUUCUGGAGAAACCAUGAAGAGAGGACCCCAGUGAUUCAGGGCGGUAAAUACGAUAUAGUCACUGCGAAAGUAAAAGAGGAGGAAGAUAGGUACCUCAUGCAACUAACAAUCAAACAAAUCCAGAUGAUGGACGUGGGAGAAUAUUACUGCCAUGCCGAAAACGCUUUUGGAAGCGCCACUCAACCUGUAUCGGUCAGAUUGAGGAACAUAAAAACAGUCAAGAACAUAACACAGUGUUGCAUAAGCCUCAACGUGACAUCGCCUUGUAUGGACGCUUGCUCCUUCUACAUGGACAUCGACUCUGUCAUCAAUAAAUUAGAAUGCGUGAAUGACUUCGAGAAACUGAUGAAAUGUGCUUCUGAUGGUUCUGACCAUAGGAAUUGUUGCGUCCAUUCGGGUGUCCAAAGGCAUUGUUUGGACUGGUGUCGUGGAGAACCAGUCAUCAACAAGAAGAUCUGUACCUUAUCCUACACCAAACAAAUAAUCAACUGCUUCCAUGAAAACCAGGAUAAACUACCUGGUCCUCCACAAAACGCAAGGACUGAAUUCAUCGAUGCUCACACCGUCAAAAUAAUUUGGGACCCACCAGUCAAAAAUCCUCAUACUGUUGAGAUCUACAGAGUCAUAUGGAGACCUUUAGAUGGUACAGACGAGAAGUCGGUUUACAAAAACGACACCCCAGAAACCAGCUUGGUGUUGACCAACCUCAAAGAGGGUGGAACGUACGAAUACGUUAUCAAGGCUGGAAAUACGAAGGGUACAUCAAUACUCACGAAAUCCGUCAGGUUUAUCACAGGCGAUAAGGAUGUAACAUCGUCUGCCAACCAUGCUAGGGAGGGAAAUCAUAUGGGAGUAGCUGUAGCUGUGAUUUUAGCCAUCAUUGGAGUGAUUGUGAUCGUUUGUGGUGCUUUGUACCUAUUCAGGAAUAGGAAGCUAUUGAAGGGGACCAAUGGCGUUGCUUUUGAGAAUCCUAGCUAUUUGAGGGAAGUCAACAUGGAUCACAUUCAGAUACCACAGGGCCAAACCGAAUCAACGAUGUCUAAUGGCGGUGCUAACGGCUUGUCCGUUUCGUCAGCUUCAGGAGGCCAUGGUUGGAAGAAUGAGCAGCUGCAAGUACCCCAAUCACAAGAGGUCAACCCUACCCUCUAUGAAGAGUUGAAGUUGGGUCAAGAUGGUGCUGGUUUCAAGAGGUUGAAACCCUAGUAUGAGAAAAUGAUUAGAUAUGAGUUCGAAUCCAGAUUCUGAAUAAAAUAUCAUCAUUUGUGAUUGUGAUAGUAAAUGAAUUGAAAAUUACCUUCGGAACUGUUUGAUCGGAUGUGUAUUUUGGUAAUGAAGAUGGAGAUUCAGUUUUGCAGGGUUAACAUAAAUUGGACCUUUUACAUGAUUGCUCGUAAAGGAGUAUAUGUUUCGAAAUUAUUCUCAUUAAGUUCUCUCAAAAGUAUCAUUUUUGCAUCUUCUGUUCUGCAGUAUUUUUGAGAGAUUCACGCUGAACCCAACUCUUCAUAAUAUACCUCAAUCAGUUGAUACGAUAACUUAAUCAGCCCAUGAAAUUGUGAUUCAUUUUAAUAUUAAAUAGACAUAGGAAUCAAUACCUAACAAUUUAGUUUAUCGAAAUAAUUUCUGAUUAGUAUUAUAUGAUGCAACCUAACUGUAAAUUAUUGUAAAAAAGGUCUAAGAAAUUGGUGUACGAUUGAGUGUGAUAAAGACAUUAGAUGCUUAGAUUUUAGGAACUUUCUAUCACUAAAUCUCUUUGAAUAAUUUCUCCACACCUACGAAGCAUCCGUCAAAUUAUAGCACCCAAAUAAUCUCACCUCUACUCCUUGCUUUUUCAACAAAAACAGACUUUUAACAAUCGUAUAAAAUUGAGUAACAUAGUUUUAUAGUCUCUUUAACAGUUAUAGGUUUAAUGGCUCUAAUGACGAGUGGUCAGUUCACAGAUAAUAAUAAUGGACAUCUGAUUAUAGUAACUGGACCCCGACAGUGUCUAGUCCAAUAAAACUAUGUGUACUUAACAAGUUUCAACAACGGAGGAGUAAGCCAUUAUUUUCAAAUUUGGUGCACUCUCAUGUGCACAUUCAACGUGCCUUUUCCCAACUUAUUGUAAUAUAUUCGUUCUAGAAGUAGUAUUUUUAGAGAUUUUGAUGUACAUAAUUUUUGAAAAUUUGUAAAGUAUGUCAUUAAAUGAUGAUGAUGUGAAUAAAAAUAUAAAUAAGAAUAAAA